UAGGCCAAUGAACGCUCUAGGGGCGUGGCUAAGGAGCAUCGCUUCUAUCAAGCCAUCAUGCUAGCUGAAGUCCUGUGUAACUAGCUUUGCUAACUUAUACGAUGACAAUUUUGUUUCAUUUUACCCAGUGUGGUGCCAUUUUUUAGUGGGAUUCAGAAUGGGAACAACGACUUCUGUGUGAAGGUUGUUUUCUUUUCCGAUAAGAACAGACAGGACCGCUGAUUCGAUUAAGUAGCCAGUUAGCUAGUGCGGCUAACGAUAACAUUCUCACACUGCCUGGCGUCGCGAGCAGUAUAAUAGACACCAAGCAAAGACCAGAGGUCCGCAUUUCGACGUUGGAAAUUUCUACCCUUAUCAUGGAGAAGGCUGAAUUUUUAAAAGGACUCCCUGUCUACAAUAAGAGUAACUUCAGCAGGUUUCAUGCAGACUCUGUUUGCAAAGCAUCUAAUCGAAGACCCUCUGUGUACCUCCCGACACGUGAAUACCCCUCUGAGCAGAUUAUUGUCACAGAGAAAACCAACAUCCUUCUGCGUUACCUCCAUCAGCAGUGGGACAAAAAGAAUGCAGCAAAGAAAAGGGAACAGGAACAAGGUGAGAGUGACAGCCCAGCACCCCCAAGGAAGAUCGCCAGAACAGAUAGCCAAGAGAUGAAUGAGGACUCAUAAGUGUGUGUGUGUGUGUGUGUGUGUGUGUGUGUGUGUUUGCAUAUAUGGGAUAUAGCCAAAAUAAAAACAAAACAAAGAAGAAGCCCACCUGAAUAACCACUUCUAACCACUGUGUACUCAGGCAGGAUGUCUUUCCUGCCAUGAAAUUAAGAGUCAUCAUAGUGAAUUAGGGAGAUUCCCAUCAACAAGGCAGUCAUUUCUCCUGUAAAUGAUUUUGUGCAUGAAAAUGUAAACAGAAAUGAGCUCAGUCAUCAUUGGUCACAGACAGAAUAGAGCCACCAUUAGUGAGGAGACUUUAUACUUUUCUUUCUUUUAUUUGUGUUGGUGAUUCCCUGUGUGGACAUGUACAGUAUAUAUGUUUGACUGCUGAGUAGUGAGUGUGUGUGUGUGUGUAAUGUGUUGUACUGUAUGUAUGAGAAGUGAAUAGUUUAACGUGUCAGUAGAUUUAAAAUCAGUCUCAUAGCUGGCACAUGAUUUGUGUAGCCUUCUGUUGCACAAAGAGCCUGUCGUGGUUUGUGCAAAGAUGACAUUUUGUUACUGUUUUAAUUUUAUUAUAACUAGUAUUGUUUGUGUUUGGCAACGAGCUUCCUGCCAGCCACAGUGCCCGCCCUCUGUUUCACUGCCCACUCUGCAAUCAUAUGGGGGCAUUGCAACAUUUCUCCACACUGUUUUGAAUCAACACAACCAAGAAUGCACUGUGAAGAACAGCACAAAGUAGAAGCAACUUUUCCACAGCCCCCUUAAGUUGUGUGUUUGUGGUGAAUGUGCAUAUCUCGAUUUUAUUCUCAAGACUUUUUUUUGUAGGAUAUAUGUUGUGUUGGUGUGUCUGAGUGAUACUUUUACUUCUAGCACCAAACUCUGCCUAGUGGAAGUCAGCAAGAAUGGGAUUGACCUUGAUGUUUUUGUUGUUCUUUCAACAAAGGGUGUUAAAAUGUAAAUCUGACUAUGAAAAUGUUCAUUGUAUUGUUGGAUAUUUAAGUUGCACAACUUGGUAAGAGCACAGAUAGUGAAGAAAACUAUAAGAAUGUAUGGAAAAGGACACAUUGUGUGUAAACAACUACUAAUAAUAGAAUUGGUCUGUCCAAUGGAGUAUCUUUGUGUUUUUGUUUUGUUUUUUUAAAUCAAUGUCCAUGGAAACGAUAGAAAGGCCCUGUAGAAGAAAAGUGAAGAGCACCAUGGCCGGUGGGUGUUACCUUGCCUUGCAUGCUGAUGUUUUUUAUGGCUGGGUGUUGCAUUUCUGCAACAGUAAUAACUUAAGGGGUGUUUAUCAGUGUGACUGAAAGGUAUUAGCCUAGAGGCCUUACAACCUGUCGUUAUGGUUUGGACCCGUUUGCUCCCCCAGCUCAGGUCCUGGGAAAGCUGCACUGUUGGUCUGGUCUGUGUGACAGCCCUGGAUGGGUUUCGUCUGAGAGCUGGCUUAGGUGAACACGGGGGUUUAAAUGUGUAAUAUUUUCAGGCAUAGAAUGCACAAUAAGCAUGCACAGCAGCGUGCAGUCGCCAUUCUGCCUUGUUCCCGGGGUUCAGUUUGUAUUGAUCUCACUGUACAACACUGAAUUCAAGCUUUUUUUUUUAAAAAAGAAAACUGCCCAGCAGAGUCGCAUUGAAGUCUCCUGUCCUUCCUGCCCUUUUCAUGAGUCAAGUGCUGCAGUGUGGGCUGACUGUGCUUUCAGUCAUCCUGACCUACAGUGUGAAUACCCUGUCUGUUUCUGAAGCAUAAAACCACAUUAUGCUUGUGCUCAGACUGUUCUACAACACCCUAAGCCUUGCCCCAAUUUCAUGUGUGUUAGAUCAGAUCUGUUCUUUUUAGCUUUGCUGAAAUAAAACGAGAUUCAAACC